CUUUGGUGCGAGCGCAGUGCUGAGAGAGCGGCUGUGAGGAAACGCGUGAGCUCCCAAGGACUCUGGCGCGAGCAUGAGCCAACACCUCGGCGGAGUGCACGUCUCUGCAGCCUUCAUGUGCCUGCUCACUAUUUUGGAUUUUUCAAGAAUAAAUGCAAGCAAUCUGUGUGGAAGCUCAGUUGGUACCCAAAGCAAGAAGUUAGCCAAUCUCCUGAAGAACGAAGCAGAAUUACUUGUGAGAACAUAUAUUGAAGCUCAAGGAGAAGGCUUUCCCCAGUCAAGCUCAGAGUGCAAAGAGGAAGUGUCUGGCUUCCCAGUGGGUGACAUCACUGCCAGAGAGCCCCCUGAGAUGCUUCAGAGCAUCUAUGUAACUUUGAAAAACAUAGACAGACAUUUCAAAACCAUCUUACAGCAGCUCUCUGAUCUGGGCUUUUCAGCCAUGGACCCUUUACAGAUGAAACUCAAGGAGGCUCAAAAGCGUGUUCUUCACCUGGCUGCCAAUAUUAAAUGCCUGCUCACAGAGCCUCCACCAGAGGUCAAGAUACCACCAGUGACCACCAGGGGCAUCUACAAGCAAAAGAAAUAUGGCUGUACUGUCCUGAGAAAAUACUCCGAGUUCCUGACUCAAGUUGUACGAGGACUGAGCCACCUGACUGAGAAAAAAAGAUAUAUUCAUCCCCAUCGAGCUCGGUUACAAAGACUGCCUUAGUUUUAACCAAGAACUGUUUAUAAAUAUAUUUAUAUAUUUAUAUAUUUAUUUAAGUAACUUUAUUGCUGAUCUUUUAUGACCAGUAUGCAUCCAUUGUAUUUAUAUUAGGCCAAAGAUAUUUAAAAUUUGCUUUGUGGGGACAUGCUUUCGACACAGACAGACAUCUGACCUCUGGGUAAACACUUUGAAUCCACCUUGUACAUCUAUGUUUCACCCACAUGAGAGCCAUUUCACAUUGCACGCAAAAUUUCCAAGCCCUUCAUGACAGUAUCAGUAUUCAUUACAAAAAGAAUGUAGUUGUGUUGAUUGUGAUACUCCAAAUGAAUGUAUUAUUUUAUUUCUGCUUGACUAAAAUGUUUUACAUACACAUAAUACAUUAAU